AUGGCAGAUGAUGCGCUAACGCGCCAGAGCCAAAGCGUGCAACCUGCUUGGGACUGGGAAGAGCCAAGGAUAGCAGACGCCGCGGAAGCAGCUGCUCUCGCCCGUGUGGUGACGUGCUGGUUUGCCCAACUGACUCCGGGGAGCUGGUUAGCUGCCGAAUUAUCCGUUAUUCCGGAGAAGCUUGUCUGGAGAACAUUUCAGCCUCCCGGUCUCGCUAUCAGCGGUGAUGGACUCUGUGGCCCGGAGUUCACGGUAGCGGGGUCUAUGGGGGCGGUGGAAGGGCAAGAGCAAAUGGCAACUCCAGCACCACCUCCAUACCGGCGAGAAACGCCGCCAUCAGAGGCUUCACUACCAGCAGAAGCGACAUCAAAUGCCCUCCAACUCAGCACAGGAGACAUAUCCGGCCUUCGGGCUCAAAUACUCGACAACGCACACACCCUCUGGGUACUCCACUACACCUACUGGCGUCCCUUCCCCGACAACAUCCACCUCAUCACCCGCAAAUCCCGGACCCCAAAUAAGACGGAAGCAGUGAUCCUCUCCUGGCAGCCCGGCUCAUCGCGUCCCGGCGCUGGAGUGCGCACCCGGGGCUCGUUCUCCAUAUUCGUCCACGGACCAGAGGCCGAGAGCUCGGAGGGGGCUUUGAAGGCGUUGUUGACGAAGAUGGAGGGGAUGAUUGGGGCGAGGUGGGACAGGUAUGAGUUUGAUAUGAAGAACUUUAUUGAUAAGUGA